UUAUUAACCUGUGGCGCAGUGGGCACCAGGAAACCCGAGCCGGCACCGUCAACCGAGUGGGGCGGACCCAGGCUCGAGGCCGGGAACAGCACAGCCAGCGCGCACCCACGCGGAUCCGGCCAUGGAGGCAGGUUCCAAUGCCAAGGGGGACGACAGCCCUGCAGCCCCGGGGGACCCUCCAGCCGCCGAGGACACAUGCAGCCCCUCGCAGCCGUCACUCCCGCAGCUCCCGCGCCGCCCGCAGCUGCUAGAUGAAGACGCGAGGUCGGAUGGGGACCAGGUCGCUGCCGCCGCAGAGGGCAGCGAGCCGGCCCGGGGGAAUGCAGAACCCACUUCUACCUUGGGCGAGGCGGGACCCGGGCCCAAGGCUACCGGCGGCACCGUGCCGCCCAUCGGCUUCGUGGGCGAGCCCCCACCCUAUGCGCCGCCUGACCCUAAGGCGGUGGCGCUGCUCUACCCGCCCUUCCCGCAGGUGCCGGUGCUGUUCCAGCCCGCGCCAGGGCCCGCCGCACUGUACCCGCCACCGCCUGGCUCGCUCUUCCCACCGGCAGCCACCGCCACCGGAGCUUCCUUCCCCUUCCCCGCGUAUGGCAGCCCCGUGGCCGGUGGGCCUGCCCCCACGCAGGUGGAACACAGGCCUCUGCCCAAGGACUUCAUGAUGGAGUCAGUGCUGGCGACCCUGUUCUGUUGCCUGCUCACAGGACUCAUUGCCAUCGUCUACUCCCAUGAGACUCGAGCAGCCCUGGGCAGGGGUGACCUGGCACAGGCAGAGGAGGCUUCGAGGAAGGCCCGCUCACUCGUGCUCUUCAGCCUGCUCUUUGGAGUGUUCGUGUCGACCAGCUGGGUCAUCUAUGUGGUGGUGGCCCUCUACCUCCCCUGAGGCCCAGGCCUUGCCGGCCAGGCUGAGCCCCAUCUGUAACUAGUUGGUGUUCACAAAGGGCAAAGGGGAAAUGGUCCAUCAAGGCUUUGAGCGGGAUCCUAACCUGAGGGACAAAGGCCUAGAAGUCUUCCUGGGAUGCCUGCCUUCACCUUCACUGCUGGAGAACACUGAAGACUAAAGUCCUCACUGUCUGUCUUCAGAGCCUUCCAGAGGACAUGACCACCUCCAGCCCAGCUCAGGGAUACGGCUCUAGUCAGUGCAUGCUCCUCUGGGAGAGUGGAGAGGAGAGUUCACUGCCCUUCUCUCCCUGGGAGUUCCUGCCUGGUGCUGUCCCUGUGGGGAGGGAUCAGGACUGCUGUGGCCAGUCAACAAGGACAGACCUGCCUGUCACCACUUCAGAGGACACUGCUGCUUUCUGGCUUCCAUCUGUGUGCAGCUGAGUCCCCAGGUCCAUUGCCUGCCCUUCUGAGCUCACUGCCAUUGAGUCACUUACACAGGACGCCUCCUUUCCGGGAUCCACUUCUCUGUGAGCAUGUCUCUUCGUUUCCGCCUCUGACUUCUGCUGGCUACCUGUCCGAGGUGGCUUUUAGCUUCUGCCUUCCCUGCCCCAGCUCCCUGCUCGUUCUCUUCCUAGGUCAGCUCAGGGCUUGAGGGUGUGUCUCAGCUGGUAGAGGACAUGCACGCAGCCCCCUGCUCCAUCCCCAGCACUACAUAAAUGGGGGAUGGCGGCGCACAUCUGCAAUUCUGGAAUGUGAGCAUCCUUGGCUACACUGAGAGCUGGAGGCAAGCCUGGGCUUCACGAGUCUCAAAAAUAAGCAAGGGUUAGCUGGGCCCCCAGUUAGGGAUGGCUGUCCUGACUGGGGAGUGCUCUCAGAUCAGCCACCCCAGAUGCUGUGAGACACCUAGAUACACAGUUGUCCUCACAUCACGUGCCCUGGGGUCAAGUCCAGCUGGCUGUGAGAAAGACUUGGCACAGGAGUCCCAUCCAUCUGUGAGGAGGGCACUGGGAUGGGUUUGAAAGCAUGGGCGGCUCACACACAGGCUGGCCUCUCCUUCAGGCCCUGCUUCCUGCAGCCAACAGCACUUGUGGGUAAUGAAGCAUAAGCCUAGCCCUCCUCCAGGUGCGGAGACUGGAAUAAUAAGGAAGUCUGCAAGGAUCAGUGUGGAGAUUCAGGGCACAGGGCUGUUCUGGAACCAAGAACCUGACCUUCAAAGUGCUUGACAGCCACGAAGAGAGGGAAAGGAUUUUUGGAGGCCUGGUAGAUGCCUCAAAGGUACCUCAUAGCAUCCAGCAGCCAACUACAGCACGCUCAACACCUUUCAAGUAAGUCACCGUGAAAGGUGUCUAGAUGGCUGCUGGUUUGGAGGUGCCUGGAGACACCUGAGGGGAUCGUGUUAAACUGCAGUGGGACCUGUAACUGCAGCCUGAAGCACUGCAUGAUUGACGAGCUUCUUGUCUCUUCUGCUGCUGCCUCAGAACACCUUGGGUGGUGAUUAAUAAAACUAUCAAGAGUGCCUGCAUCAGGAUCUUAACACGGAAGCUCCAGUGUCCAUUAGUCAUCGCUGUUGUGAAGGUGAAGCUGAUAUGAAAAACACGGAAGUGGAGUCUGGAGUGUGAGAAAUAGAAAUGGCUCACACUGUAUGAAUACACAGUUACAGUGGGGAUGGCUCGCACUGUGUGAAUACACAGUUACAGUGGGGAUGGCUCACACUGUAUGAAUACACAGUUACAGUGGGGAUGGCUCGCACUGUGUGAAUACACAGUUACAGUGGGGAUGGCUCGCACUGUGUGAAUACACAGUUACAGUGGGGAUGGUUCACACUGUACGAAUACACAGUUAUAGUGGGGAUGGCUCACACUGUGUGUGGAUACACAGUUAGAGUGGGGAUGGCUCACACUGUGUGAAUAUAGUUACCGUGGGGAUGGCUCAGACAUCUGAUGCCAGUCUCUGGUCACCCCACCUAGGCAUGUGCAUUGUACACACACUAUUGUGAUUUUAACAGUAAUUGCUUCACACGAGUGAUUAACUGAGGGCCAGAUGACUGUUUUGGGAGUCUCAGUAGGUAGCUCAGGCUACACAGUGUACCAUCAUACCUGGCAACUGACAGCUUUACAUCACCUGAUAAAAUAUAUCUCAUUUUUAUGUAUAUAGUUCUUUUUGUAUGUGGUGUGGUACUGGGGAUUGAACCUAGGGCCUUACACAUGCUAGGCAAGCACCUUGCCACUGAGCUACACACCCAGCCCUUACAUGUAGGUCUUCUACAACACUUCCUUCAAAGUGCUUGUUAGUUUGGUGUGGAAUCUAGCAUGUUUCAUCAUCAUCCCUGUUUUUUUUUUUUUUUGAUGCUAUUAGAACUAAACUCCUUUGUUUUCUUUCUUUAAAGUCCAUGUAAGUCUGGUAGACCUGCUGAGGUUCAUGUUCACAUGAUGCUGGAUCCAUGUAUUUUAUUGUUUUCAGUGUUUAAACUGGGAGAGCUGCUGGCAGCUUGCGUACACUUGCACAGGCUGUGGCCAAAGAACAAAGAAAUAGUGCCCAAAGCCAUCCCUGGCUGGCCAGCUGGCAGCAGGGCUGAAUUGCUGGGUGGGUCACUUCUGACUCCUGGCACCAGCUGGAAAAGAUGCAAUGCCAUGGGGAAACAAGGAUAUUUAUUCAGACAGAAGUAACUUACACGAGAAGCUGGGAGGCUGGGAAGCUCUCUGAAUCUUGGCCAGCAUCCAGGCGGCCCUCUCCCUCACAUACUGUAGCCUCGCCCCAAGGGGUAUGUCUCUCCCUACAGUUUAAUCUCUGCUUUUCUUGUUUAUUGCAUUGACCAGGAUUGCAAGCACUGCAAUCCUAAGCAGAAGUGUAGAUGGUGAGCUGCCUUUUGAUCUCAGAGGAAAGGUUUUCAAUUUUUCACCUUGUAAAAAGGUGAAUCUUGUAAAAAAGAUUUAAAAAAAAAUCAACCGAGUGCUGUAGUCCUAGAUUUUAAAGUGUUAGGAAACACACAGAAAUUAGAUUUUGGGAGUGAUUUUCAUUUAUCAACUGGAAAGUUAUAAAAUGAAUUCUAUUGUGAUGGUAACUUUCAAUCCAGACUUUUUUUUUGAGACAAGGUUUCACUAUGUAUCCCUGGCUGGCCUUGAGAUCUACCUGCUUCUGCUACCCGAGUGCUGGAAUUAAAGAAGUGUACCACCUCCCAA